AGAUAGAAGCUUAAAGUCACAGUGAGCAGCUUGGCAAACUUCACCUGAUCCUCACAUGGCAGCCAGAGAGCCAGCGUGGGCUGGAAAAGCUGGAUUCUUUUCGCUCAUCGAAUCCAAGAGACCAAGAAGAAAAGAUUAGAAGCAGAAUGGGAAUGUUGCUACAGAUGUGCGUGAAAAGAGAGAGGGAAGGCUAGAGGAAAGAGAAUGUCUUCUGUUUCACAGAAGGAGAGACCUAGUACCUCUGAGGUACAGGGACCUGUGGUCAACAUAACGGAGAUGCCAUCCUCUCCAGGGAUAGAGCACUGGGAGCAUGUGGACAUGAUGUACAUCUCCAUCGAGGGCACCAUCGCUCUGGCUUCAGUGGUGGGGAAUGUGCUUGUAAUUCUAGUGGUGAGCCUUAACCGGGCACUCAGGGACCCUACCUUCUGCUUCAUCGUGUCUUUGGCGCUUGCAGACAUCACUGUGGGUGCCCUGGUCAUCCCGCUGGCAGUGUUCAUCAGCCUGGGGCUGAAGACAUCGUUCUAUACCUGCCUCUUCCUCUCCUGUCUGCUUCUCAUGAUUACCCAAAGCUCCAUCCUCUCCCUGUUGGCCAUUGCCAUUGACCGCUACCUGCGCAUCAAAAUUCCCACCAGGUAUAGCAUCAUUGUAACGCAGCGGCGAGCAUGGGUAGCAGUGGGCUUGUGCUGGCUGAGCUCUGUUAUUACCGGAUUGGUUCCAAUGUUUGGAUGGCACCAAACCCUGAAUGACAGCAGCACAUCACCAAUCGAGUGCCAGUUCACCUCUGUCAUAUGCAUGGACUACAUGGUGUACUUCAACUUCUUUGGCUGGGUGGUGGUCCCCCUCACCAUCAUGACUGGGUUGUACAUAGAGAUCUUUCGCGUUAUUCGACGGCAGCUAAACCGCCGCGCAGAGGCUUCCAGCGACUCCAGCAAAUAUUACCACAAAGAGCUCAAGUUAGCCAAGUCAUUAGCGCUGGUGCUCUUUCUGUUCGCCCUCUGCUGGCUGCCAAUUCACAUAAUGAACUGUAUCACAUACUUUUGCCCCAAAUGUGGCUUGCCAAAAAGUGCUAUAUAUGUGGGCAUCUUCAUGUCCCAUGUCAACUCUGCCCUCAAUCCACUGGUGUAUGCAUUCCGGAUCCAGCGCUUCAGGGCCACACUGGUUCAGAUUGUCCAGCGCUGCAUGCUCUGUAAAACUCAUGACCCCAGUCCAUAUCCAUCUGGCCCUCUGCCUAUUACUGAGAAAACUGUUGGCAACCUGUAGCACUGCCAUCUAAUUCUUGCUAAAGUGGACAACUGUUAGUCUGCAGAGCUAGAAUACAGACACAGAGUGCCAAAGCCUAAAAAUAGUUACUUAAACAAGCAAACUUAUUCAAACAAAAUUUAGGCCAACUUGAUGCAUCAUGCCAUAGCAAACUGAGCUUUUUGACAAUGGGAUCAACUGCCUUACAGGAGAAUUCCAGUGUUGUUUCAAAAUAUCCCCACAGUUCCAUCAUUCAGAUGUCAAAAGUGAUUAGAUGUGAAAUGACUCAUUGUAGAGAAGCCUAUACAAUGAUAAUUUCUUUACUGUGAGGGUGAUAGGAACCAGGGGUCACAAAGUCUACAACACAAAUAUAGCUAUUCUAUUUACAGUCCAUAAUGAGUUUUCAAAUGUUGAUAUUGAAAAAUAGUGGUAAAUUGUAAGAAAUACAAAAUUAUUGGGACACUCCUCCUCCUUAUUAAGUUGAGGUGUUUCAGGCACAUGCAUUGCCAAGAGGGGGAUAAAGUUAAGCACAUAUCCUUGCAGUCUCAAUAGACAAACGUUGGCAGUAGAAUGGGUGAAUACUGAAAAGCUCAGUGACUUUAAACAUGGAACUGUCAUAGGUUGCCACCUCUGCCACAAGUCAAUUUGAAAUGUCCUGCCAGAUCUUCCCCUGUCAACUGUAAGUACUAUUAUCCCAUCACGCUUCUCCAUUUGUCAGGCUGAUGGACGAGUCUGAGUUUGGCGAAUGUCAGGAGAACACCUGACUGCAUGAUGCCAACUGUAAAGUUUGGUAGAGGAGGGAUGAAGCUAUGGGGUUCUUUUUCAGGGGUUGAACUAGACCCCUUAGUUCCAGUGAAGGGAAAUCUUAAUGCUUCAGCAGACCAAGACAUUUUGGAGCUAUAUGCUUCCAACUUUGUGGGAACAGUUUGGGCAAGAACCUUUUCUGUUCCAGCAUGUCUGAGUCCCAGGGCUCAAAGCAAGGUCCAUAUAGGCAUAGCUGGGUGAGUUUGGUGUGGAAGAACUUGACUGACCCACACAGAGCCCUGACCUCAUCAAACACCUAGGACGAACUAGAGCUGAGAUUGUGAGUCAGGUCUUCUCAUCCAACAUCAGUGUCUGACCUCACAAAUGCUCUUCUGGAUGAAUGGGCAAAAUUUCCACAGACAUACUCCAACAUCUUUUAGAAAGCGUCUCAGAAGAGUUGAAGCUGUUAUAGUGGCAAAGGGAGAACCAACUCUGUAUUAAUGCCUAUGGAUUUAGAAUGGGAUGUUAUAAAGGCUCAUGUAGGUGUGAUGUGUAAGUGUCCCAAUACUUUUGUCUGUAUAGUGUACCUCUCUCCCGUGGAUCAUUUUAGUUUAAUAAAAAAUAGGGUUAAGGCUCCAGCCUUGUUACAGAAGUACUCUAAAACAACGUCUACCAGGCAUCACCUGAUAUUUUUGUAAUAAUUUUCGUGUAAUAACUUUCUGUAACGGAGCUUUUAUAGGCAUUAAACACUUUGGACAACUGGUUUCUAUUAUCACCACCGUGAAAAGAAAUGAUUCUGUAAGUUUCUCAAGAAUGAAGCAUUUCACAUCAAACCACUCUGAGUUAUUUUAUUAUCUCAGUGAUUUAAUUAUACAGACAUUAAUGAAAAUUUCAGCAUUCAGAAGUAACUUCACUGACUUCAGAUAUGAAAGUCUGUUUUUUAUCUGAAGAAGCUUGAAACAAAGGCAUAUCAAUGCGUCUUGUGGUUACUAAGCUAGCUUCCUGCUCCCAGUGCCAUGGAAUAAAAACACAAGAGGUAAUGUCCAGAGCUCCAUCUACAGCCCCUUCAGAUAUUACUAACCUGCUGCUUUUCUGAUGCUGGUAAGCAUGCUCAUAUGCAAGACAAGGCAUUAUUUGAGAGUAUUUCUGAGGAGCCAGUGAUAGAAAGGCAUUAUGAGGAGUGAAAAUGGAAUAAACACAUUAAAUUGAUGCACUUAUUUGGGAAUGUAUGUUUUUGUUUCUUUACAGACUCCCUAACUAAGAGUUUACAGUAGUAGAGUCAUUCUUUAAGUCAGACAUGUCAAACUGGGGACCCUCCAGGACAAAGUGCUGCUGUGAUUAGCAUUUACCCUCAUCUGCGCUCUGAAUUCAGUUUGUGAAGGCCUUGCUAAUUAGCUGAUGAGUUGAAUCAGGUGUGUUUAAUGAGGUACUGUGCUGAAGUUUGCAGUGUUUUGGCCUGUGAGGGUUGGAUCAUGACACAUGUCUUUUAAGUUGUCUCUGUUAAAGAUCUAUGUUUCAAUUUCUGCAUGGAUAAAAUGUUAAGAUGUAAAGUCAGUUAGAGUGUUCACAGUGGUGGUAAUGAAACAGGCAUCUGUAGCAUUUAAUUUCUCUGAAAGGCACCUCAGAAAAAGUAGUAGUAGUAGUAAUUGUAGUAGUGUAAGAUCACUGGUGGUUUUGGAUAGUAAGUUCCUUUACCAUGAACUUUCAAGAUAAAAUUAUGUGGAAAUAUACAUGUAGUAGAAUUUCCCUUUAAUUCACUUGCUUCUAGUAUACUUUUUAGGCCAAACUUGGAUGCAAUCAUUUCCACCCACUGGGCUCUGUCAGUACCCUAAGGGUUGAUUUGGAUUAAGCACUUAGUCUUGAACUAAUGGUGGUUUUUCAACAUUAUAAAUUCUUUUUAGCAUAAGAUACGGCUUAUUCUGGGUUUGGGAAACUGGCCUUACAGUUUAGUUAAAACUGCACUGUAAUAUACCCAAAUAUUUUCUAAAUUUUAUAUAUACACUCACUAGCCACUUUAUUUCUCCUUGCUAGUAGAAGGUUGGUUUGCCUUCAGAACUGCCUUUAUUCUUCAUGGCACACUUUCAACAAGGUGUUGGAAACGUUCCUCAGAGAUUUUGGUUGGUUAUUUGAGUUCCUCUUGCCUUUCUAU